AUGGGAAACUUUAUGAAUGCUCAAGCUCAACAAAACAAGGAUUUCACAAAUCAAAAUGCUCAUACUAGCGAACUGAUGAAGCAAAUGUCAAGUAAGCUUGAUGUUAUGGCUACCCAUAAUAAAAUGUUAGAAACCCAAAUUUCCCAAGUAGCCCAACAACAAGCAACAAUAGCAGCCCCAGCUGGAGCAUUUCCUGGUCAACUACAACCAAACCCAAAAGGUCAUGCUAAUGCUAUCACAUUGCGAAGUGGGACAAAAUUAGAUGAACCGGUUGACCCAAGACUCCAAAACCCAACCAUGUAUCAAAACUCUGGUAAAGGAACUGAAAAGGUAAACGAACCAACAAAUGAUGGAAAGGAAGACAAAAGCGGAGAAGCAGAAGAUAAAGAAACACCUUAUGUGCCUAUGCGACCAUAUAAACCACCUAUACCUUAUCCUCAAAGAAUUGUUAAGUCUAAAAAUGAAGGACAAUUUAAGAAACUCGUAGAACUUUUGAAGCAACUUAAUAUCACUAUACCAUUCACAGAAGCCAUUAAGCAAAUGUCUUCAUAUGCUAAAUUCCUUAAAGAGAUCUUAUCUAAUAAGGAAAAGCUUAAGGAUAACGAAAUCGUUAUGCUUACUACUGAGUGUAGCGCUAUUAUUCAAAAUAACAUGCCUCAUAAGCUGAAAGACCCGGAUAGUUUUUCCAUACCAUGUGUAAUCGGAAAGUUUAUCAUAAACAAAGCUCUGUGA